UGUUGGACAUAUAAACUGUGGGACCCAUAGACUCAGCACCAGUAAAAGAAGACACGCUUCUUUCUUCUAGAGGAAAAGAGCUGAAGGAUGAGUCGACGUGUGGCAGUGAUCGGAGGAGGCAGCUCAGGUCUGACCGCCAUCAAGUGCUGCCUGGACGAGGGGCUGGAGCCUGUGUGCUAUGAGAGCAGUGAUGACAUCGGUGGUCUCUGGAGGUUCAAGGAGAAUCCGGAGCCGGACAGGGCCAGUAUCUACCACUCUGUCAUCAUCAACACCUCCAAGGAGAUGAUGUGUUUCAGUGACUUUCCGAUCCCUGCACACUACCCAAACUACAUGCACAACUCGCUCAUCAUGAACUACUUUCGGAUGUAUGCUGAUCACUUCCAGCUCACCAAGCACAUACGCUUCAACACCCGAGUCUUGCAGGUGAAGCAGCGAUCCGAUUUUUCUCACUCUGGCCAGUGGGAUGUUGAAAUAGAGACCAAGGACGGCAAACGAGAGAAACACAUUUUUGAUGCUGUGAUGAUCUGUAUUGGACAUCACUGCCACCCCAACCUGCCUCUCCAAGACUUCCCAGGCAUUGAAACUUUCAAGGGAAAGUAUUUCCACAGUCGGGACUACAAGACUCCAGAGGAGUGGAGGAAUAAAAAGGUGAUAGUGGUUGGAAUAGGAAACUCCGGCGGAGACAUAGCAGUGGAGCUGAGCAGAGUCAGCAAACAGGUUUACCUGAGCACUCGAAGAGGAGCCUGGAUUCUGAACAGAGUUUGGGAAAAUGGAAUGCCCCUUGAUUUGCUCUUUAAUAGGGUGUUUGACACUAUACAGAAAAUUCUUCCCAGCAGUGUUGUCUGUGAUCUGGGAGAGAGAAGGCUCAACCGAAGAUUUGAUCACAGUCUGUACAAUCUGAAGCCAAAGCACAGGUUGUUCAGCCAACAUCCCACAAUGAAUGAUGAGCUUCCCAACCGCAUCCUGUCUGGAACGGUUCAGGUGAAACCCAACAUCUGCAGAUUUCAAGGAUCCAGUGUGGAGUUUGACGAUGGGAGCAUAGUGGAAGAUGUUGACCUGGUGGUGUUUGCCACAGGAUACCGCUUUUCCUUUCCGUUCCUGGCCUCACUUGUGGUCUCGGUGUCUGACAACAAAGCAUCUCUCUACAAGUACGUGUUUCCCCCUGAGUUGGACCGUCCUACGCUGGCUAUCAUUGGACUGGUGCAGCCUCUGGGAGCCAUCAUGCCCAUCUCUGAGAUACAGUCCAGAUGGGCCACACGGGUCUUUAAAGGUUGUGUCAAGCUUCCUUCAGUGGCAGCCAUGCUAAAAGAUGUCCAGUGCAAACAGGACACCAUGGCCAAAAGGUAUGUGGCCAGUCAGAGACACACCAUCCAGGUAGACUACAUCAACUACAUGGAUGAGAUAGCAGAACAGGUGGGGGUUCGGCCACACAUCCUAAAGAUACUGCUGACUGAUCCCAGGCUGGGAUUUAAGGUGUUGCUGGGUCCUUGCUCGCCGUACCAGUAUCGUCUCAGAGGGCCAGGAAAGUGGGCCGGGGCCCGUCAGGCCAUCCUCACUCAGUGGGAGAGAGUGUUGAAGCCCAUGCAGACCAGACCUUGUGAUGAGCACAAACCCAAGAGUUCAUACAAGUGGCUUCUGAUUCUGUCAGCUGCUGCUGUGGGCUUGGCUGUGUACAUCCAUAGGAACAACCCUCCUGCUUUCCUACAAGAUCCCACUGCACUGCUGGACAAGAUUAAAGCGUACCUUCCUGUACAGUGAUGUGAAAAAAACAUUUCACUUUCUUAUUUUUCUACAUAAUAACAUGUGCUAUUCAAUAAUGAACAAUAAAUAUAAAAAUAAAUAACCACGCAGCAUCAAAGGGCAGCUCAUGAUAUACUAUGCAAAAAGAUAUCAUUCAUCAUAACACAGUAUGUAAUUGCUACAAUCACAAUCUGGGUGGCUGUGGCUCAGGGGUUAGAGCAGUUGUCCUCUAAACAGAAGGUCGGCAGUUUGAUCUCAGGCUUCACCGUUUCGCAUGCCGAGGUGUCCUUGGGCAAGAUACUGAACUCCAAGUUGCCCCUUCUCAUAAAGAAAAGUGAUAGACUGUGUGAAUGUAUUACUUUACUGUAAAGGGCUUUGAGUGGUCAUCUUAUUUUCUUGGCAUAGCUGUGUACUCAUACUGCUAAUCUCUGCCUCAUAUUUGAACACAGUGUAUGAACAUAUAUGUUUAGGGGUUUCUUCUCUGAGUUGAUCUGUGUUGACUUAGAACUAAGAAUUCCUUAAUUAUGUUUAUGAACACAUGAAUCAAUAUAUUUGAUAAAUGAUGAAUUACAAAGCUGUAACUUUUAAUCUUUUGAUAACUUGUUUGAUUCUUUUAUGCAAAUAAAAUGACGAUUUUGC